CAUAGCCUGAUGCAAGUCUAGAAGUCUAUGCAUUUCCGGAAGAUUCUAGAAGUAUCUAGAAGUAUUCACAAGCAAUCUAUGGCAGUCUAUGGCCAGCGGGGAAGACCGACCGCUCCUUUGCAUUCCAUGUUCUCAGUUUGUUGUAGUCCUUUGCUGAAGACCUGGACCUUGCCCCUUUAUGGGCUCAAGCAACAAAUGGAUAUAGAUCAGGUGGAGGAACAUGAAGCGGCACAACGACGGUCGGCUGGACGGCCGGGGUCCACCGCCCAAACGUGGCCGUGGUCCCGUGAGUGCAGGGACUUGUGCCUUCAAGGUGCUUUGUCCUGACCAGCUGGUUUCGGGCGUUUUGGGUCCCAAUGGUCAGUCAGUCAGACAGAUACAAGAUUCCUCAGGCUGUCACUGCAACUUCUCUCGGCGCAAUGAGUACUAUCCGAACUCGAACUUGCGGAUAUUGGUGAUCACAGGCGCGACUGCAGAAGAGAUCAUGACAUGCCUGGAUCUGGUGCUGGACCAGGUGGUUGCUUGUUGUGAAGAAGAGCGUCAGAAGCUGGAAAGCGAGGGAAAGCUAGGUGAACAGGAUGGUGACUUUAUCGAUGUGGCCGGCGACAUCCGGGUUUGCAUUGCCAUCACGGAGUCGGCAGCGAAGGGUGGUUGCGAUGGCCCCGAUGGUAUUACACGGAUGCAGGAGGUCGUUGGUGUGCGCCUUUAUUUGGAAGAGUCUGUGCACGAUGAGCACCAGCUUGUGGUGAUGGCUGGCACCCGUGAACAGCUUCAAGAGGGCCUGCAGUACUUCAACAACUUGGUGCAGGCACAAGUUCAAGAGUCUUGGUUUGCUGCUUGGGCUGACAAGACGUCCUUCUGGGAGCCAGGCCGUGGAGGCUCGUGGUCAAAUGAGGCGCUUUCGACCGGCGGGAAGCCACCCCCUGACCCUGCAAACUCCAAGCACCGGAACAUCCUCUUUAUUGGCGGCUUGUCGCAGCAGACGGACAUUGAGAGCCUCGCCAACUACUUCGCACAGUACGGCGAGAUUCUGGAAACUGAUGUCAAGAGGGAUCAACAAUCGGGCCGCUCCAAGGGCUUUGGCUUUGUGACUUUCGCUUCAGAGGAGCCUGCAGAAGCUUGCAUUGCUGAUAUGAAGGCCCAUGUCAUUGACGGCAAGACGGUGGAUGUGAAGCGAUAUGGCUUUAGCACUCCUCCAGGGCGGAGCCGUGACGGGCCACCACAAGGUCAAAGACCGGCACCGGCACCGCGCGAGAUCAUCCGGCCCACGAGCUUCUCGGAGUCCUUCCGAGACCUGCCCAGCCGGGGCAACACCUCAGGAUGGUCAGGUCAUUCAGGACCUGCCACGCAUGACCACUAUGAACCAGCACCCGUUCGCAACUAUUCGGUGGCGGAUGAUGUUAGAUGGUUUGGUGGUCUUGCUGAAACAGUGCCUCCGCAGUAUCUUGACCAGGACUACUGCAUUACGUGCAGCCUUCCCAAUGCACAGUGUGGAGCUCUCAUUGGGCGAGGGGGGGAGAAUAUCAACGAGGUUGAGAGAAAGACUGGGACGAGAGUUCAGCUGACCAAGAAAGAGGAGAACUCGGACCACCGGACCCUGUCCAUCAUCGGUCCUUUGAUUUCUGUCUAUGCGGCUCAUCUUUUGGUGAUGCGAAACUUCAAUGAGGCUUUGCAUCGACCAGAUCCGAAAGAACGUCAAGUGGAGGAGUUGCAAAAGCAAAUCGCGGUGUUGACACAACAAGUGGAUUCUGUGAGUGAUUUGGUUGCAUUAACUAUGUAGAAAAGGUAUUGAAUUGUCAAAACAAUCUCCAAGGAAGCGGGCGACGUAGAUAAUUACAUUAUAUGUAAACCAAUUUCUAAAAAAGAGCAUAAGUUUACUUAUUAAUUAUCAAUAUUUUUACAAAUCAACAGUAACAACAAUGCUUGAAUUUAUGAUAGACACAUUAUAUAUAUAUACCAAUAUUACAAACAUAUAUUAUUGUAUAUAUAUAUAUUGUAGUUGUGUAGAGCUUUGGGUAGGCUUGGGUGCACA